AUGUCGUCCUAUUUUACGUCAUCACUGAAUCGAGUUGUUAGUAACAUCAAGCGAACAGUGAGUGAGCUGGUGAAUGACACUUCCUCAAGGGGAGGAGGAUUGGACAAGACAAAUUGUUUGCUUGAUAGCAAUAGCUUCUCAACUGUGGACAUAAUUCCAGCGCAUUCCCGACGCAAGUCCCAACCGGAGCGCCUUAAAAAUUCACCAACACGUCAGGGUAAAAAUGAUACCACAAAACGGUUGUCAUUGGUGGAAAUCUUUGGAGACAAUGCGGAGACUUCCUCUGCCCCCGAUUCUAAUUUGGGCGAGGUGGAUACUCAUUCAAAUGAGGUUCUUAUUCCUCAAGAAGAAGCUAAUAAGAGUAACGAUAUGUCGGAAACAAGCAAACGAUUAUUACUGUCGGAGUCGAUGAAACGAAACCCGCCUAGCUUGCCAUCAUUGAGUGUGCUGCCCGAAGAAGAGAAUGGUGGAAAAUCAACAGCGAAUUCUUCUAGAAAAUUUGUCAGUUCAGUCGCUCCAGAUUCAGCGGUUGGCUCCGCUUCAAGUGGUCCGUCCAAUGUAGGUGAACAAUCGGAUGCCACCUCAUCCACUCUUCCAAUUGAGCAAAAAGCGAAAAAUGCGGAUUCCUCUGAUCCGGCUGAUGCCGCAGUUGAGGAGGUUCGGCAAUGCUGGAAUGCAACAAGUGCUCAAGUCAAAGCACGGCUUGAUGAAUUGGAGAAGAUGAUGGCGGCAACUGAAGAAUUAAAGACGCUGGAACGCGAACUUGACAGGUGGCUUUCACGAGCUGAAACCGACUUGGCAAAUGCUCUCUCCAACACCCAAGAUGUCGCGGAGAAAAAACGCAUCAUUCAGGAUAUCAUAGACCGCCUACCUACUGGGGAAACAAAAUUCACUACACAUCAGAAUAAGUGUGAAGCGAUUCUGGCCAAGUACUCGAAAGAGGACACGCAAAAGUUCCGUGCAGAUCAAGAGGCUAUUCAAAUGCGAUGGUCACAACUCGUUUCGAGACUUCGAGAGUCCUUAGAGGGUGCGCCGCAACCCGACUCAGAUCUGAUCGAGAUUCCGAUUGCCUCGCGUACUAGAGCUCCAGAGUCGGAUCUACAAAAGAUAGUCCGGCUGAGAACUGUCUCUUCUCAACAGUCCGGUACCUACAACUCCAGCGAGCAUUUUAUUCAACCAGAGUCAAGAAGUAUGGAGUCAUCCAUGAUUGACAAUUACAGAGGUGGAGGAAACGGUCAGGCACCUACUUGCAGCACACUGGGCCGUCAUGCUUUUGAUCAGAAGCCACCCCUGUUGGGUGAGUCUUAUUGUACUCAUCAACUUUCCCGCAGUGCUGACAUUCGCUCCCGACCCUUCGAUUCUUCCAGGUGCUGUUGA